ACAUAAGAGAAAGAAGACAGUAUGCUUUGCUUCCACAAAGUUGGAAUAGCCUAGUUAUACUCAUUAAUCUUUCCAAAAAGACGCAUGACGGGCCAGUACUUGCAUUGGGCUUGUCAGUUUUGCUUCUCUUGAAGUGGCUGUAAACAUUUGCCCGAAAAUGUACUGGAGAAGCUGAACUUGGCCAACAGAACCCUUCUGCACUGGAGGAAAGGAUGAUAGAAAUCCUUGGGCUUGUUUAGCAUGCAUGUUUUAUCAUAUGAUGAUUGGCAGGGGUAAAUAGACCAUUGCAGGUGGAAUACUCUGUAAACAGCAGGCAGCUAUGGAUAGAAUUCCAACAUACCCACAAUGGACAAUUUGUUUUUAUUAAUGGAGUAUGUCUUAUUAAUGACAGGACGUUUUGGAGGGUGUCCAUUCAUAAGGUCACCAUAAGGCAGCGAUGACUUGAUGGUUCUUAAGAACUAAUGUAUGUAGUUUGUUUGGUCCUAACAAAGGUUGUAGGUUACAGUUACUGGUAGAACUGAGCUGGUGUGUGUGAUCAGAUAGAGGCCAGUUGUCACUUUAACUGUUUGCUUUCUCCCAAAGUAUUCUGGGGAUUUAAGUUUAGAGAUGAGCCGAUGGUUCUGUUUAGAGGUGGAUGAGUAUCUCCCUUGCAGAACUGCAGUUCCCAGUUUUCUGUGGUGUGAAUGUCCCCCUUUAUGUCUGAAAAAUCCAAAGUGUGUCAUUGCGUUAAUCUAUUAGAGCAAGCACAGCACAAAUUAAGGUAGCCAUGUGUCCUCUUUUAAAGAGGUCCAUCCUCAGUCUGAAGGGACUCUCUAUUUGAAGAACAGGGUUUAUCUCGUCAUGUAUUCAUUAGGAUUUAUAAGCGGCUACCUUGAUGCAAGGAGCCCCGAUCUUGGUGAAGGAAGUGACUGUAGCGCAUCUGACUUCCUGUACGUUAAUUCUCUCGUUUUCUGACCAACAGCACUUGGAAGCCUGCGCGCUGGAGAGCAAGUGACUGAGGAGGACGCUUGGGAAAGACGCCCCUCCCGUUUCUCAGGCGCCCAAGCUCCACGCCCUCAUGGAGUCUGAGAGCUCAGUCACCAACCAGUAGCAGCAGAACUGGGAUGUUUACGUGGAAGUGCCUCAUCCUUUGGGCUGUGCUGGUCACAGCCACGCUGUCUUCUGCAAGACCAGCACAAACCCUGCCAGAGCAAGCUCUGCCCAAAACAAGCAUUGAAGUGGAGUCCCACUCAGCUCACCCUGGAGACCUCCUCCAGUUGCGCUGCAGGUUGCGGGAUGAUGUUCAGAGCAUCAACUGGGUCCGAGACGGGGUCCAGCUCUCAGAAAACAACCGGACGCGCAUCACAGGGGAGGAGGUGGAGGUCAGGGAUGCCGUCCCCGAGGACUCCGGGCUUUAUGCUUGCAUGACCAACAGCCCCUCGGGCAGUGAGACCACCUACUUCUCCGUGAACAUCUCAGAUGCUCUUCCUUCUGCCGAAGAUGACGACGACGACGAUGAUUCCUCCUCGGAGGAGAAGGAAGCCGAUAACUCCAGACCGAACCAAGCCAUCCCGCCUUACUGGACGUACCCUGAGAAGAUGGAAAAGAAGCUCCACGCGGUUCCUGCUGCCAAGACUGUAAAGUUUCGGUGCCCGUCCAGUGGGACACCCACCCCGACCUUGCGCUGGCUGAAGAACGGCAGGGAGUUCAAACCUGACCAUCGUAUUGGUGGAUACAAGGUCCGUCAUGCCACCUGGAGCAUCAUCAUGGACUCGGUUGUGCCGUCAGACAAAGGCAAUUACACGUGUCUCGUGGAGAACAGAUACGGCACCAUCAACCACACCUACCAGCUUGACGUUGUUGAGAGGUCCCCUCACCGGCCUAUUUUACAAGCUGGGCUCCCUGCAAACAAGACCGUCUCCUUGGGUAGCAAUGUGGAAUUUGUUUGCAAGGUCUACAGUGAUCCUCAGCCUCACAUCCAGUGGCUGAAACACAUUGAGGUCAAUGGGAGCAGAAUUGGACCAAAUAACCUGCCGUACGUGCAGGUCUUGAAGCACUCGGGAAUUAAUAGCUCCGAUGCGGAGGUGCUGACCCUGUAUAAUGUGACAGAGGCUGAGAGCGGGGAGUAUGUUUGUAAGGUUUCCAAUUAUAUUGGUGAGGCUAACCAGUCUGCGUGGCUGACCGUCACCAGACCCAUGGCUGAAGCCAUUGAAGACAAGCCCGCCAUGAUGACCUCCCCCCUGUACCUGGAGAUCAUUAUUUACUGCACGGGGGGCUUCCUCAUCUCCUGCAUGAUCGUGACCGUCAUCAUAUACAAGAUGAAGAGCACCACCAAGAAGACGGACUUCAACAGCCAGCUGGCUGUGCACAAGCUAGCCAAGAGCAUCCCACUCCGCAGACAGGUAACAGUAUCAGCUGACUCAAGUUCCUCCAUGAACUCGGGCGUAAUGCUGGUGCGCCCCUCGCGGCUGUCCUCCAGCGGGACCCCAAUGCUGACAGGGGUGUCUGAAUACGAGCUCCCAGAAGACCCCCGGUGGGAGCUGCCCCGAGACAGGUUGAUUCUAGGGAAACCACUGGGAGAAGGUUGCUUUGGACAGGUGGUGCUGGCUGAGGCGAUAGGUCUGGACAAGGACAAGCCAAACCGAGUGACUAAAGUGGCGGUGAAGAUGCUGAAAUCUGAUGCUACCGAAAAAGAUCUAUCUGACUUGAUCUCUGAGAUGGAGAUGAUGAAGAUGAUUGGCAAGCACAAGAACAUCAUCAACCUCCUUGGAGCGUGUACCCAGGAUGGUCCGCUCUAUGUAAUAGUUGAGUACGCCUCCAAAGGGAACCUGAGGGAAUACCUGCAGGCUCGGCGCCCCCCAGGCAUGGAAUACUGCUACAACCCCACCCACAUCCCCGAAGAGCAGCUGUCUUUCAAAGACUUGGUGUCCUGUGCAUACCAGGUUGCGCGGGGCAUGGAAUACCUGGCAUCCAAAAAGUGCAUCCACCGCGAUCUGGCUGCCAGAAACGUGCUGGUGACGGAAGACAGUGUGAUGAAGAUCGCUGACUUUGGCCUGGCUCGGGACAUUCAUCACAUAGACUAUUAUAAGAAGACCACAAACGGCCGCCUGCCGGUGAAAUGGAUGGCCCCCGAAGCUCUGUUUGACAGAAUAUAUACUCAUCAGAGUGACGUGUGGUCCUUCGGCGUCCUCUUGUGGGAGAUCUUCACGCUGGGUGGAUCACCGUACCCAGGGGUGCCCGUGGAGGAGCUCUUCAAAUUGCUCAAAGAGGGGCAUCGGAUGGACAAGCCCAGCAAUUGCACCAGCGAGCUGUACAUGAUGAUGCGAGACUGCUGGCAUGCCGUUCCCUCGCAGAGACCGACAUUUAAGCAGCUGGUGGAAGACCUGGAUAGGAUCGUGGCCAUGACCUCCAACCAGGAAUAUCUGGACCUCUCCAUGCCAUUGGACCAGUAUUCUCCCAGUUUUCCAGACACCCGUAGCUCGACCUGCUCUUCGGGGGAGGACUCGGUGUUUUCCCACGAUCCCCUUCCUGACGAGCCUUGCCUUCCCAAGCACCCCCCUCAGCUUUCCAAUGGCGGACUCAAGAGGCGCUGAAGCGGUGGCUCCCCAGGACAUGUGCAAGCCCUCUGCGCAUGCAUGUGCGGCAUGCAAGCGUGACCGAGUGAACCUUCUCGCGUAUGUGUGUGCACCUCUGUCCCAGCUAGACUGGUGGCAGAGUGCCACUGCGGGCAGCUACCCCGUCACCCUUGAGCUGUUGCGUUACAGACCUGUAGAGACUUCCAUCCCGAAUAACCAGCCCUCCCACUGCUGCUGUCUCCUCAGAGCUGCCAUUACCGCAAGCCCCCGACCUACGGAAGAGGCGUUCGUAGGGAAUCUGGGCUUGGAUCCUCCCUGUGGAUUAAGUUGAAUUGUGUCAUUUCCCCCCCCUCUCCACCUUUUGGCCAGUGUCUAAAAAACAAAAAAAGGAGUCCCAGAUGCUGUUCCAGACAGCGGCGUUUGAGAAGGAUUCUGGGAAGAAUCACAUUCCUAAGAAGAGGAGGAGCUUCUCUGCUCUCUCUUUCUUACUUGCAAAGCUAAGCAGUUCGACCUCUGACAGCUCAAUAAGCUAGCAGGAGAGCUGACGUGUGAAGCCGGGGCCGGCAGGACGUCCCCGAUCCGGCUGCAAACUGGAAAGUCUUAAAGCUCACGUGUGCCUCAGCCUGGAAUCCAUACCUGGGACCGGUUCCUAAUCCCAGCCCUCUUAAAGCGCGAUCCUGUGGACGUGCAUUCUGAAGAGCCAGCCCCGCUUUUUUCCGCGGGCCUUGCUUUUGGAAAAGCGUUCAUAGGAUCGCAGCCUUAACUGGCGCGUUGCUGACCAAAUGUGGAAAAGACCAGGUACAAAGCAGAGCGAGAUCCUUCAUAGCUCUGACAGUGAGUCGAGAGGUGGCCAAUGAAAGCAGUGCUCAGAAGAGAAUAGCAAAAUUAAAAUUGUGUGUACAUAGCUGCAAAAUGUAUAAAUAUGAAUUAUAUAUUUACGUGUCUUUUUUUUAAUGGUGGUUACCAGAGAUAAUAUCACUUUGGUAGUAAGUUACUAGUGGCUGGUAGGUAUCAGUUGCUAUAAAAACAAAUCAUAUAUUUUGCUACAUUUGCUGGGGGAUUUUUGUUCGGGUUUUUUUUUUUUAAAUUAUGUUCUAAAACUUAUUUCAAUCUAGGUACUUCAUUAAAAUUGCUGCUGCUUCAGUUUUAUAUGGGGUUAUAUUAACAGUGAUUUUGUCGGUAAUGUUGGAGAGAUGUAGUCACGAGAUGACCCCUCCUCCCCGCCCUUCCGCAUCAGCCACUGCCGUUACCUUCCGCUCUGGCCCCCGCCUUUGCUCACCGAGGGACUCAGUGUUGCCUUUGGACUCGGGGCCCAGUCCGAGGUCCUCAACCUACAGGGUCUCGCACCACAGUAUUGCAAGAAAGGGUGGUUCCUUGUUAGGUUCGGAAUUCCUGGAUUCUUGACCCAGUGAUGGAGUUAGGAAGCACACUGGCCCAGUGAGUUGGGGGACACCCCCUUUUCUGGCCUCCUCAGAAGACAUUUAUUCUUUGCAGGUAGAAACGGAUCCCAGCCUCUGGAGGGCGGGAACCUGGUCUCGCCGGCUCAGAUUCGGCUUCCGUUCGGUUUGAGGGACCAAGAGCAAGGCCAGCGGAUGCCUUGCGGUACGCCUCUUGCCCGUCCCCCGCGAGUGCCAAAGAGGAAUUCUGUGAGUGCCGCACGGCAGACCGUGGGCACCUGCGCGGCAUCCCUUCUUUCUACGAAAGGAGCCUGAUGCCGUGGGGGAACUCUGCCUUUCCUCUUCAGGGCUCCUCUUUCUCAUUCGAAGGAGCCACCUGGGUGAAAGUGCGGUACACGUCCCCAUUCCUUUCCAGAGAUGUUGUGGAGACUUUUCAGAGCUGCAGAGUUGCUCUUCCUCCUUCCCCAGCCUCUUUCCACCCCUCUGUCCCCCUUAAUCAGAGGGAAUCGCAACUGUGCCGUGUGGGAGGGGGGCAGACCUACCCCCUUCGUGGUGUUUUGGACCAGCACUUGCAUUAUGAGCGACCUGGCACCUUUCCUUUGAUGGUGGACUGCACCUCUCCAUCAUCCUUAGCCCACAUGGCCAAGAGCUGUGCUGGCUGGGGAUGCUAGGAGUUGUAGUACCAUACAUCUGGGAGUCACGAGGUUGAGCAUAGGCACACAUCUUCACCUCUGGAAUCAAUAUGACCAUUGGAUGCAGAUCCAACACGCAGACUCCCAAGUGCUCUUUCCUCCCCUCUUGCAGGAUGACCCCACCCUCCCCAGUCUAUGAAACCAGGGGUUCCCUCCUUGGUACAGAAGGGCCAGAGCCGUGUCAUUCGUACUUGAAAGCAUGUCCUGCCUUUGUAUGGAGUUGGAUUAUUGUGUUUUUUUAAAAAAAAAAUCUGUAAUGAAUUUGGAAUUCUUGUAAUUUAUUUUUUAAAAACAAAGAUUUUAACAGAGAGUCCUGGAACUAUCCUGACAAAAGCCGAUAUUCCUGUUGCUUCCCUUUUGUGUGCCUUUUUUUCUCCAGAAUCUUACGGGGGGAAAUGAGAAUAAAUGAUACACAUUUAUGUCAAAAUGGCA